CGACCAAGCAAAGCGACACUUGUCAUGUGACUAAGCAGCAGCCGCUACCUACAGCUGCAGCGAGGCGAGCAAGAACUGUCAGGAUGGCUGUGGCUCCUCCAAGUUACUGUUUUGUUGCACUUCCUCCUGCCACAGAAGGUGGACAUCUGAUCUUUGGGAAAAAUUCAGCAAGACCUAGAGAUGAAGUACAGGAGGUAGUCUAUUUUCCAUCCGCAACACAUGAAGCAGGAAGUAAAGUUGAGUGCACAUAUAUCACAAUUGACCAGGUGCCAAAGACUUAUGCUGUCAUCCUGUCCAAACCUGCAUGGAUGUGGGGUGCAGAAAUGGGAGCCAAUGAGAACGGCGUCUGCAUUGCUAAUGAAGCUGUCACAGCCAGAGAGCCAGCUGCUGAGAUUGAAGCAUUGCUAGGAAUGGAUCUUGUCAGACUUGGUUUAGAAAGAGGAUCGACUGCUGCAGAAGCCUUGGAUACGAUAGUGUCCCUUUUAGAUAAACACGGACAAGGAGGAAAUUAUUGUGAAGAUGGGAGUAUGUGCCAUGCUUUCCAUAGUACAUUUCUGAUUAUGGACAGAACAGAAGCAUGGGUAUUAGAGACAGCUGGGAAAUAUUGGGCAGCUGAAAAAGUCACAGCUGGAGUAAGAUGCAUCUGUAACCAGUUAUCCAUAACAACAAAGAUAGACUCAGAGCAUCCAGAUGUUAGAAGCUACGUCCAGAACCAAGGCUGGUGGAAUGGAGAAGGGGAUUUCAGUUUUUCAGAAGCAUUUUCACAACCUGGUGACUCUUUAAGUAGCUGUUGUUCUGCCAAAGAAGCAUUAGAAAAAAAAGCAGAGAUCACUGUUCAUACUGUGAUAGACUUUCUACGUGACAAGAACAGUGGGACCUGUGUGGACUCGAACACAUUCCUUACUACGGCUAGCAUGGUGUCUGUCUUGCCUCAGAACUUGAAGUCUUCAUGCAUUCAUUUCUUUACUGCCACUCCUGACCCUGCAAGGUCAGUGUUUAAGCCUUUUAUCUUUACUAGUGAUGUAAAGGCAGUCCCCAAAGUACAGUCUCCCACAUUUAAAGAAGAUCCUGCUAAGAAGGAACCUCGAUUCCAGACCAAAGUCGAUCGCAGGCAUGAUCUAUACAAGGCACAUCAAAGGGCUCUGUCUGUCCUCAGGAGUGAAAAGGAACAUGGGCAAAGUUUAAUGGAGACAAUGUUAGGCUUGGAAAAGCAAAGUCUUGAAGCCAUGGAAGAUGUCUUAAGUAGAACAGAGCCUCUAGACCCCACAGAAGCAGCUGAUCUCUUCUUUGAUUGUGUUGAUACUGAAAUCAAAUUCUACAACUGAAGUGAACUAAGAAGAAUACAAUUAGCUUUUGGAGAAGAUGGCAAAGUUCUUCAUGCCUUGAAAGACACACAAUGUAGCUGAAUUUCAGGGAAUAAAAAAAAAUAUUUCCAGUAAUUCUUGAUGAAAUAUUCUUUUUGUCAUUUCUGAAUUGAAACUGCUUUUCUUCUCAUGUCAUGCAUUCCUUGUUCUUGUUGUGAAUUAGUGAUAGAUGGAGGAAACAGGCUGGUUGCUAACUGUGCAUGUGACAGCUAUUGGAAAGAAUGUUUCAUAUGUCUGUGGUUGCAUCAGUAAUUCAUUUUAGGGAUUAGUAUGUCUGUGUGUGUGUAAUCAGAUACAAAAUCGUAGCCUCAAGGUUUAUAAAUCCUGUGUUCAUUCUGAAGCCAAGUAGCUGAUUUGCAAUAGGUUUCAAUGUUUCCCAUGUUCACAUUUAUCACAAAGCAUGCAGUAUGGCACAGCAGUGCCUGGUUUCGGUGGCUACAUCAUCCAACACAUUCAGUAGUAAAUAUGGUACUGUGAAUGGAUUUCUUUCAGAGCUUACUAUAUAGAGCUUCUGGACCUAACCCAUGCAUAUAGCUAGAAUUCAAAUUGAUCUUUUUCUUAUAAUAAUAAGAUGGUUCUGAAUACCUAAUUAAUUUAAUAAAGAUUGUUUUAAAAACGA